GGUUUUGUAUGUUGACUGCUAUUCCGGUGAUUUUGUGAAACGUGGAAGGAAACCUUUUAUUCAGGUGCAGGUUCGUUCAGUGGAUGUGUGCCUUCAGUGUAGUGUAGACCGCCAUGAGAAACAUCUGCACAGUUUUAGUGCUUUUCAUCUCCUUCGCGACACGAAUUAGUGGGUGGACGAACGAUGAUCGGCUCUCGAGUAAGCUCCAGGGAACGGAUUUGUGCAGGCUAAGCGACAUUGUGAACGACAAGGAGAAGGUUGCUAUCAACGAGAUUCAGGUGGAGGAUCUUCUGUUUUCGCCUCUAGCAAGGCCAGCAGCAGCAGAGAAUCUCGUCACCAUCGGCCCUAGGGCGACAGUCGUAUCCUUGCAGAGAAACUUAAUAGGCAACGGGGCUCAUCGUGAACUUCAUACAGACAUCACAGUUGAAUACGAUGCGGAUCAAAGUUCACAGUCGGCAGAGGAUUGUGAUCUGAUUUUAAUUGAGAAGCUUUCGAAUGGGGUGUUCGCGGAUCCUUUUCAGCUCCAGCGAUUAAAGCAGCAGAAGUCCUUUAAGAAUGUUCUGAUCUUUGGGGAUGUGGACCUUGAGCGGCCUGCGAGAUCCUCCAGUCAGUCGAUCGUGGUGAUACAUCAGACCUUCGUGGAGGUAGUUGGCGUCGAACGACGACAACUUCAGUCGACUGUUGCUUUGCCAUUGCAUGCUCGGUACCCGCCUUCAAGUGCAGAUACUUACUUUCAAUUGAACCUCACCAUGCCCCAAGUGAUGGUUAAUUGUAGAAAAACAGAUGUAUCAUCGACACAACAUUCUGAGAGGACCUGCAUCCAGCCGGUCACAUUUCUGCCGUCACAGACGCUCCACUGGUUCAUACCAACGGGUUACCCUCUGCACUCCUCGUUAGUGGAUGUUUAUACAACAAGUGCUGCUCUUGCUGGGGUUGUUCUCAUUUUACUGUUCUCCAACAUGUCCAAUUGAUGUGCAAACCAAGCAGAUAAUAGACUUCGUUCUGAAUUAUUGACAAUCUGGAGUUCUGUCAACAUCAAGAAACCUAGUGCCAUUGUAGUACAUUAAAUGGGAAGCAGUCCAGGAAAGAUGCUUAUAGAUUAGAGGGUUACCAGGAUCGAUCAUUUUAGGUCGUAGUCAUGUAGCACAGAAAUCACAUUCACUUCAACAAUCUUGUCAAUUGUGCAAUAUGUUCCUCACUACGAGGGAUAUGCUUAGGCUGUGACUUUGAGAUGUUCGCUCUGCUCAAUUCGGCCUUUUACUUGCUUUGCACAAUCAUAUGUAGUUCAACUUAUUUACAGAAUUCUCCAUCAUAGGGCACUACUCUCUUUGUGGACAGACUAUCUUAGGGUGUGCGUAUCAAUCUACGAAUUCUUCGAGCUACACAAAUAAGCACAGCCUAAAGUUCAUACUGUUGUGGAUGGACCGAAUAAAGGAGCACAAUCAAAUCUUCUAUCCU